UGCAAGAUGGUUUGGAAUUCCCGCAUUUCCCGUGCGCGUUUCACAUGAUUGCGCGCACAAGAAAGUUUCCGAUCAAAAAUUCACUCGAGUUGAAAUGUGUCGAAGGAAAAUUAGAUCCAUGAAAUUACUCAAAUGACUAAAAGUAAUUGUGGUACCGCAGUAUUCCUAAAUACAUCAGGCAAUGGCUAGCGCUGUUGUACUGUACAUGCGCGCCGCGUGGAAAAGGAUUUCACAAUUCCGCCUGCAUGAUCAGAUUAUCAAAUAAUCACGUUGUUGCCGGUUACUGCAAAUGUGCUGCAAGUAUGUGUUUUGUUGAUCUCAUUUAGGCCUUAUUAGAAAGCAUUAAGUGCAAGGCAUAAGUAUAAUUGCAAAUAAGAAGAACAAAUAUUAGAGACUGUGUCUGUGGCUUACAACAGUUUUAUAUUACUGCGUAACAUUUUUGGAAAUUUAUUGUGACACGUAUACAUUAUUUGGAUUUAUUAUACCAGUUUAUUUCAACAGUAUAGAUCACAUUUAUUUAUAAUUGUACUUUUCGAAAUCGCGUGAGAUUUAGACGCACCCUCUUUUAUGUAAAUCGAGAUGUGCAUUCAAGAAUAAAAGAAAGCCCAUCCUUGCAGGCAGCAAGUCCCGCGUGCACUCGUGAUCUGACAAUAUUUAGUUAAGACAACUGUCGCGUGAUUGUUUGUGAAACGUUUCGUCGUGAUCAUGGAAACUUGGAUAUUACUGUCUAUCUUAGCUGGCACCAUCGCUGUAUACUACUGUUUCUUGAAAGAUUUAAACUUUUUUAAGAAACAUGGAAUUCUUCAUAUAUCACCGUGGCCUGUUUUGGGUAAUAUGGGACCAGUUUUUCUACGCCAAUUGUCAAUGGUCGAACUGGUAAAAAAAAUUUAUAACCUAAAUCAAGACGCCAAAUAUGUUGGUUUCUUCGAUAGCACGAAUCCAGUAGUGAUGAUUCGCGAUCUCGAUAUCAUCAAGUCCAUCAGCGUGAGAAAUUUUGAGAUGUUUUCCGAUCAUCGCAACUUUAUAACUGAAGACAGUGAACCAUUAAUUGCCAAAAGUCUUUUUUUACUUCGCGGUGAAAAAUGGCUUAACAUGAGAACAUUAUUAAGUCCAGCUUUUACACCUAAUAAAAUGAAAGUUAUGUUCAAGUUGAUGUCAGAUAGUGGCGCCAAUUUUGCUGACUUUCUUGUUAAUUUGCCUUCAGAUAAAAGUGUUGUUGAUAUGAAAAACUGUUUUACGAGAUAUACGAAUGACGUAAUCGCGACUUGCGCAUUCGGAAUUAGUGUUGAUUCGAUGAGAAAUCCGGACAACGAAUUUUACGUUUUCGGCAAAAAGGCAAUGUCUUUCGAAACUUUUCGCGCGAUAAAAUUUUAUAUUAUAAGAAGUAUGCCUUUAGUAAGUAAAUUAUUAAAAAUUAAAUUGAUCAAUGACCGUAUAGGCCGAUUUUUCAAAAAUAUUAUAAAAAACACAAUACAGACCAGAAUUGAACAGAAUAUCGUACGACCGGACAUGCUGCAAUUGAUGAUGGAGAGCAGAGGAAAAAGACCCGGAAAUGAACUAACAAUUGAAGACAUGAUCUCGCAGGCGUUUAGCUUCUUCUUUGGUGGUUUCGACACUGUUUCUACUUCGAUGUGCUUUGCUGCCCACGAAAUCGCUGUCAAUCCAAAUAUUCAAGCAAAACUGCGCGAAGAGGUCGAUCAGGUUCUCCAGACGAUGAAUGGAAAUUUGACUUACGAAGCGGUGAAUAGAAUGCAGUAUUUGGAUGCUGUUAUCAACGAGACUCUUAGAUUAUGGCCUGUGACUGCAUUAUUCGAUAGAAUAUGCACGCAAGAUUUCGAGUUACCUCCAGCGCUUCCUGGAGACAAACCUUUCGUUAUUAAAAAAGGAAUGAGUGUUUGGUUUCCUGUUUGCGGUCUUCAUCGAGAUCCAAAGUACUUCGAGAGACCAAACGAGUUUGAUCCCGAUCGCUUUCUGGAUCAGAAUAAGAAAAAUAUGAAUAUGGCUGCUUAUAUUCCGUUUGGAAUCGGUCCAAGAAAGUGUAUAGGCUACAGAUUUGCAUUGUUAGAAAUUAAAGUCAUGGUAUUUCAUUUAUUAGCUCGUUGCGAACUGAAACCAUGCGCGAAAACAAAUCAACCAAUACGAUUGUGUAAGACAAGUUUUGAUAUGCAGCCGGAAGGGGGAUUCUGGUUAAAGAUUGAAAAAAGAAGUAAUGCUUAUAUUAAAUAUUGAAAGGUAUACCUUUUAUUAUAAUAAGACUAGAUGAUAACAACUUAGAACUUAAACUUAGUGGUUUAUCGAGAGAGAAACUUUAUUUAUUUAUUAAUUGUAUACAUAUGUAUAAAUAUAUAGACGUUGGGUGAAGAUGCGCACGGCUGCAUGCAUAGUGGUUUAUAUGUAUGUCUGUUGUGUAUACUUACCUAUUUCCCCGUAGAUAUCUCGUUAAAAACUGUUGAGAGCCUAAGCUACGUCUGAGGAGAGGCGGAGUAAUGUACUAGUCUGUAAACCCGUCUCUCCUCUUUAAAAAGACUCUUUCGGGCGUGAGGUGAGUUUUUAGCUGGUAGGCGGUCGAGAUGAUCAUCGGGGUCCGGCGGUCCUGGUGGUUUUGCAAGUUCCUCUCCUUCGGGUAUUCGGCAGUCCCUCGACCCGCAUGGGAUGUCGGAUCCCGGUUAGGAUGGGGAUGCACUUCCUCCGAAUUCCGUCGGGGUCCCUCUGAUGCGAGUCUUGGUCGAAUCCAGCACUACCCUGGGGUACGGGCCCCAGGGUGUCUAUAAGAAACUACAAUAUAUCUUCUUUUUUUCUUUAUUUUUUUCUAUCGAACAUUUUUCGGUAGAAAGGCUGCUGCUGUAUAUCGCAUUUUAUUAUAAAAAUCUGCAGGAUUGGCGAGCACAGUGCAAGACUUGCGAGUCAAUUUUGGUCUACAUUAGUUUUUCAUAUUUUGUAACACAAUUUUUUUACACAAUUA